AUGGCUGAUAACAUCACUACCGAUAAUAGCCAGGGGGUAGCGACAGUGUCCGCCAGCUACAAGGGCCCCUCGGAUGACAGCUUCGUCGUCAACAGGGAAAUCCCCAUCCCCGCUGCAUCAUCUCAGACUCCCGGUAUUGAGACGAUGAGCUUGGCAGACAAGACCAAUUUCCUCAAAGAUCUGCGGACAUCUGUCGCUGCGGUUCAGGACCAAGUCAACAAGGAACUUACACAGCGCAUGGAGGCCGACAAGGCGCGCGAGGCCGGCACUGCUGCUGCUGCCACUGUCAAUGAGGCCGAGGAGGAACAGAACUACGGAGAAGAGGUUGUGAAUGAAGAUGCUUGA